CCGUCUCACGGUAACCUGUCCCACGCAUACCCCACCAGGAUUAGGCUGUAAUUGGCGUCGAGGAUGAAAGGCAGGAGAAAGCCGUUGCCUGGCAUAUGCUUGCGCGUAUAAAUACGAGGGGCGAGUACCAGCUUUCGACUCAACACUCAACCAAAGAAAAAUCAUCAAGCUUUAGUCCUCUCUUGCAUUACAAACAUGAAAUUCUCAAUCACCACUAUGAUCAUGUCCGCUGCCUUGAUGGCUGGCGUCGCUGUCGCGUACAACCCUAUUGGCCAGUCCUGCGACACCCCCGGUGGUUAUGGGUGCUCCCAGGACGCCAGUGUUAACGGCGGGAAUGCGUUCAUCUACGAAUGUGCGUCGACGGACGAGUUCGUAUACGUUGCAGGCUGCUCCUGCCCCACUUGUUGUGAGGCCACGACCAGCGGUGCGUACUGCACGUGAGAGCCAGAGUGAGCGCGAUUCUUCUUUGAUACGUCCCGAGUCCGAGCGCUGACGUCUCCCUCUUCGCCAGUAAAGUUCAUCAUGUAGCAUGAUACGUGUACUUAAGAGUCUGAAGGAGUGCUGUAGCCUUGUCAAUUAUAUGAUGAACCUCUGGACAAUUCCACCUAGUGAUGCUUUGUGAAUUCCGCGUGCAAG